AUGACGACGCCCAACGGCAAGACGGUCGGCAUCUGCGGCGCCACGGGCGCCGUGGGCAUCGAGAUCAUCUCGGUGUUGGCCGCGCACAAGUUCCCGGUGAAGCAGCUGGAGCUGUUCGCGUCGGCGCGCUCGGCCGGCAAGAAGGUGGCCACGCCCUUCGGCGAGGUGACCAUCUCGCUCUUCUCGGUGGAGAAGGCGGCCAAGCUGGACUACGUGUUCCUGGCCGUGUCGGGCGACUUCUCGCUGCAGUACGCCAAGGAGCUGGCGGCCGUGCCCAACGGCCCCGUGGUCAUCGACAACUCGUCGGCCUUCCGCCGCGACCCGGAGACGCCGCUCGUGAUCCCGGAGAUCAACGGCCACGUGCUGCUGCCCAAGAACGGCCAGCCGCAGCCCAAGCUCAUCGCCAACCCCAACUGCACCACGGCCAUCGCCGCCAUGGCGCUCUGGCCGCUGCACUGCGAGUUCGGCAUCAAGAAGCUCAUCGUGUCCACGUACCAGGCCGCUAGCGGCGCCGGCGCCGCCGGCAUGGACGAGCUGCGCGACGGCGCCAAGGCCUUCCUGGCCGACGAGCCCGUGAGCAACAAGGUGUUCUCGUACCCGCUGCCCUUCAACCUCAUCCCGCACAUCGACAAGUUCCAGGAGAACGGCUACACCAAGGAGGAGAUGAAGGUCACGUGGGAGACGCGCAAGAUCUUCGACGAGCCCGACCUCGCCGUGAGCUGCACGGCCGCGCGCAUCCCCAUCAUGCGCGCGCACUCGGAGGCGCUCACCAUCGAGACCGUCAAGCCCGUGGACAUCGCCCGCGCCCGCGAGCUGCUGGCCGAGGCCGACGGCGUGGACCUCGUGGACGAGCCCGAGAAGCUGCUGUACCCCAUGCCCAAGAACGCCACCAAGAAGUUCAACAUCGAAGCUGGCCGGCUGCGCAAGAGCCUGGUCUUCGGCGACCACGGCCUGGAGCUGUUCGUGUCGGGCGACCAGCUGCUGCGCGGUGCCGCGCUGAACGCCGUGCUCAUCGCCGAGUUCCGCGAGAACCCGCGCUCCAACCCGCAGUUCACCAAGAAGCCUACCACGUGCACGCUCUCGAAGGACCAGCAGCAGGUUGUGCUGGGUCUCGCGGCCGGUGUCGCCGUGGGCGUGGCCUCCGUGCUGGCGGUGGGCCUUUUGAAGAAGAACUAA